AAACGAGUCAAACAUAACAACAACAACAAAAAUGGAUAAAGUUGUGUUGGUUUGGUGGUUUGGUUGUGGACAACAAAGAUUUAUAAGAAUGUAAAAACGAAUGGAGCUAGAGUACUAAUAAAAAAAUGGAUGAAUUGUCACCAAAAAGGGAAAUUAAGCAAGGCAGGAGAGCAGGAAAUCCUUUUCAAGCAGGAAGCCAAAGAUCUGGUGGAAGUGAUUCAAAUACUAGCGUCCAAGGAACUUCACCACGUCCAGCAAGAAGACAAGGAGGUUGGGCAGAAGAUGCAAGUAAAAAGAAAGGAGAGUUUGAUGAAGAUGAUGACGAUGGCAAAGGAGGAAGAAGUGAUAACGAUGAUGACGAACGACUGAAGCAUGACGCGACAGUGUUGUUAGAUAAUGAUGUUGAUGACAUACCUGUCAUUCCAGAUCUAGAAGAAGUUCAGGAUGAUGAUAUGGCUUUACAAGUGGCUGCUCCGCCAAGUGUUCAAGUCACAAGAGUGGCAACGUAUAAAGAACUAGAUCACGAUUUUGAAAAACACGCAGGCUUGUUGACACUGGACGGAGAUAUCGAUUUAAAACUUUUGGGAAGUGUACUUUCCCCUGAAGCAGAAGUAAUCGAGGACGAUAAAGUGUGGGAUUGGGACCGCAUAUUUACAGAAGUGGCUUCUGAUCUUCGUACAGAAUGGGAAAAAGCGAAAGUUAUUUCUGAUAAUAAAGAUUAACUGAAAUUUGUAUUUAUUUAUUUGUAUUUUUAAUAUUUGUCAAAACAUUUUUAUUGUACAUUUGUUUUUGUCUUGGAAUAUAUAAGUUACUCCGA